CACCAACUAUCAACUAACACAGUCGCAGAAUCGCUUCGCAGAGCUAUUUAUAUAUAUGAUAACAUAAAUUAUACUUAUCUCAUAUAAAGCUCCUAAUCGCACUUGACAGGCCAUUAAAUAAAAAUGAAGAAUCUUCCUUCAUUUCUGUUCGCCGUGCUGUUAUUCGCACUGCUACAUUGCUGGAGUGGCUCUGAGGCUUCGGAUUGUCAAUAUUCAAAGAACCACGUCGCGUACACUAUCACUGUUGAUAAAUCAGGCAAAGGAAAUUUCAGUUCAGUUCAAAGUGCCAUUAAUCAUAUUCCUGAAAGGAAUACUCGGUGGAUACGUAUUCGAAUUUCUUCUGGCAAAUAUAAUGAAAAGGUUACAGUUCCAGCGAGGAAACCAUGCAUUGUUUUUGAGGGAGCAGGCCGCCACUUGACGAGUAUUGAAUGGGGUGAUCACCAAGAUACAAGUACUAGUGCUACCUUCACUUCCAAUCCUGAUAACAUUGUAGCCAAGGGCAUUACAUUCAAGAACACAUACAACUGGGGAAAAGCAAAAAUCACUAAUUGGAGACAAGCAGUUUCUGCAAGAUUAAAAGGAGAUAAAUAUGCUUUCUAUGACUGUGCUUUUCUAGGAUUACAAGAUACUUUAUGGGAUGAAAAUGGUCUUCACUACUUCAGGGGAUGUUAUAUUGAAGGUGCAGUUGAUUUCAUUUUUGGGAAAGCACAAUCAAUUUACGAGGAAUGUGUAAUAUCAGUAAACAUAGGAAAAUACGAAAAAGAAUCAAAAGGGAGUAUAACAGCUCAGAAGAAGGAAUGGCCAGAAUAUAAAAGUGGAUUUGUAUUUAAAAAUUGUGUAAUUAAUGGAACUGGUAAAGCCAUUCUUGGAAGAGCUUGGGGGCCUUAUUCUACAGUGAUUAUCUAUAACUCGUUCUUAUCAGAAGUGGUAGAUCCUAAAGGUUGGGAUGCUUGGGAAUACUAUGGCCAUGAAGCAAAUCUUACCUAUGUAGAGGCUAAUAACAAUGGUGAAGGAGCGAACACGUCGAUGCGAGUUUCCUGGUUAAAGAAACUCAGUUCAAAUGAACUCAAUAAGUUUCUGGAUAUUUCAUUCAUCAAUGGAAAUGAAUGGCUUGACAAGAUACCUACCUCAUUCAACUAAUAUUAAUUGAUUCAUCAUUUGUAUUUUCUAUUUGUAUGUAAAGCGUUAGAUUGCCAAUUAAACAAAUCAAAUAGCUUGAAAGUCGCAUAUACAAUUAGUGUUGAUAAGUCAGGAAAAGGAAACUUCACUACAAUUCAAAGCGCCAUCGAUUCAGUUCCUGAUGGGAAUACUCAUUGGAUACGUAUCCAAAUCUCUCCAAAUACAUACAGGGAAAAAAUUACAAUUCCUAUGAAGAAACCAUGCAUUUUUCUGGAAGGAGCAGACAAAGAGUUGACGAGUAUCGAAUGGGAUGAUCAUGGAGUGACAGGGACUAGUGCUACCUUUAGUUCCUAUUCUGAAAAUCUCAUAGCAAAAGGCAUUAAAUUCAAGAACACAUAUAACUGGAAUUUACCAGUUAAGGCAGAGAAUUUCAGCUGGAGACAAGCAGUGUCAGCUAGAAUAAGAGGAGAUAAGUCUGCUUUCUAUGAUUGCGCUUUUGUAGGAAUACAAGAUACUUUCUGGGAUGAGAAGGGCCGCCAUUACUUCUACAAAUGCUAUUUUGAAGGUGCUGUUGAUUUCAUUUUUGGCAAAGCCAAAUCUAUCUAUGAGAAAUGUUUGUUAUCAGUUAACAAAGGAAGAUAUGAUCCAGAAAUACCUGGAUAUAUAACAGCACAAAAAAAAGAAUGGGCAGAGCAUGAGAGUGGUUUUGUUUUUAAAAAUUGUGAAAUCAAUGGAAGUGGUAAAGCUUACCUUGGAAGAGCUUGGGGACCCUUUUCUUCUGUAGUUAUUUAUAAUUCAACCAUAUCAGAGGUUAUAGUCCCUCAAGGUUGGAAUGCUUGGGACUACGUUGGCCACGAAGCAAAUUUUACGUAUGUGGAGGUUGAUAACAGAGGACCAGGAGCAGAGACUUCCAAGCGGGUACCUUGGGUGAAUCAACUCAAUGCCAGUGAACUUAGCAAAUAUUUGACUUUGUCAUACAUCGACUCAGAUGGGUGGCUUGCUGCGUUAUCCAAUAUCUUCUGAUUUAUUUGGAGGGUUCAGUAGAAAAUUUAUACUCUGGUUAAAUUUUUACAGUUGUAGUAAAUUUUAUCCAUAAUAAUGUAAUAAUGUAGCAUACACUAUUAUACGAAAUUUUCAUUUCAAAUUAGCUGGAACUAUAAUUUAAAUGAUCUUUUUUAAUCAAA